AUGAUAGAUGCCGUAACUGGACACGAGAUCAUGUCAUUCAUGGACGGCUCAUCCGGUUACAAUCAAAUCCGCAUGGCGCCAGAAGAUGAGGAGUUUACAGCAUUUCGUACACCAAAAGGUAUCUACUGCUACAAAGUGAUGCCCUUUGGUUUGAAAAAUGCUGGUGCUACAUACCAAAGGGCCAUGCAGACUAUAUUUGACGAUAUGCUGCAUAAAAUGGUGGAAUGUUACGUAGAUGACCUGGUUGUGAAGUCGAAACUUCGCACAGAUCACAUGAUGCAUCUAAGACAAGUCUUUGACCGCUUACGGAAGUUUCAGCUCAAAAUGAACCCCCUGAAGUGUGCUUUCGGGGUUGCUGCCGGAAAAUUCCUUGGGUUUACCGUUCGACAUAGGGGAAGAUGUCAGCCCUUUAGCCGAUUAAUGAGGAAGGGUGUCCCGUUUGUAUGGGAUGAGGCCUGUAAGAACGCAUUCCAAAACAUCAAGUCCUAUUUAAUGAAGCCGCCCGUGCUGACGGCUCCAAUUCCAGGACGCUCGUUGAUCCUUUACAUCUCCGCCCAAGAAAGCUCUGUGGGUGCUUUACUUGCACAAGAAAAUGAUAAUGUGAAAGAAAAUUCCCUUUAUUAUUUAAGUAGAAUGAUGACGUCAAAUGAGCUCAAAUAUCUGCCGAUUGAGAAGUUGUGUUUGGCUCUUGUAUUCGCAAUUCGGAAACUCAAGCACUAUUUUGAAGCGCAUACAAUUCGACUAGUUUCCAGGGCAAACCCAGUUAAGUAUGUCAUGGCAAAAGUUGUUCUUUCCGAUCGACUUGCGAGGUGGUAUUUAUUAUUUCAACAGUUUGAGAUUACUUAUGUACCACAGAAAUCCAUCAAGGGGCAAGCCUUAGCAGAUUUCCUAGCCGAUCAUCCAAUUCCUGCUGAAUGGGAGUUGUCCAGUGACCUACCUGAUGAGGAUGUGCUUGUGGUUGAAGUUUUACCUCCAUGGAAGAUGUACUUUGAUGGAGCGGCACACAAAGAGGGGGCAGGCGCUGGAGUUGUCUUUGUUGCGCCGGAAGGGGAAGUGCUUCCUUAUUCAUUUACCUUGACGGAACGCUGUUCGAACAAUGUUGCCGAGUAUCAAGCACUUAUUUUGGGACUUGAAAUUGCAGCUGAUAUGAAGCAGCUAAGGGUUAAUAUAUAUGGGGACUCCAAGCUGAUUGUCAACCAAGUACUUGGGGUUUAUGAAGUAAAGAAACCAGAGUUGAUUCCAUACAACAGUUACGCAAAAAUGCUCCUACAUUGGCUGGGAGAUGCUACAAUUGAACACAUCCCGAGGAAACAGAAUAAGCAAGCCGAUGCCCUAGCUGCUUUAGCUUCAACUGUAUCACAUCCUACAGAUGAGGCUCGGUUACGCGUGUGCCAAAAAUGGGUGGUCCCUCCAAUCUUCGAAGACGAUGGCUCUCUUGACGACAUUGUUGAACUCCCGACUGCCUCUGUCUAUGAGGUAGAUAAAGAGGAUUGGAGGCAAUCAUUGAUUGACUACCUUGCUGAUGGGAAGUUACCUCAAGACCCGCGUAGGAGGGUAGAUGUAAGACGUCGGGCUCCUCGCUUCAUAUAUUUCAAGGAUGCGUUAUAUCGGCGCUCGUUUGAUGGCGUAUUUCUUCGAUGUUUAGGUGAGGAGGAAGCUUUACAAGCGAUGGAGGAGGCUCACUCUGGAGUGUGCGGUGCUCAUCAAUCUGGUCCUAAGUUACAUUUUCACAUCAAAAGGAUGGGUUACUACUGGCCUACGAUGGUGAAGGAUUGCAUAGACUAUGCGCAUUUCAUCCGAGUUCACAUUAUCUAUCGUUUUGGCAUCCCUCGGUACAUCCUCACCGACAACGGGAAACCAUUUGAUAAUAAAUUGAUGGAUAAAAUCUGCAAACUUUUUGAGUUCGAGCAAAGAAAUUCGUCAGCUUAUUAUGCAGCUGCAAAUGGACUUGCCGAGGCUUUUAAUAAAACUCUAUGCAAUCUACUGAAAAAGGUGGUGUCGAAGUCAAAACGUGAUUGGCAAGAGAGGAUGGAAGAAGCACUGUGGGCGUACAGAACUACAUACCUUACACCAACACAAAGCACUCCAUACUCACUGGUAUAUGGGGUUGAAGCAGUUUUGCCUCUUGAACGCCAAAUACCUUCUCUAAGGUUAGCUAUCCAAGAAGGUCUUACAGACGAGGAUAAUGUAAAGUUACGGUUGGCAGAGUUAGAAGCUCUCGACGAGAAGAGGUUGCAGGCUCAACAAAGUUUAGAAUGCUAUCAAGCUCGAAUUUCUAGAGCUUUCAACAAGAGGGUAAGGAUUCGCUCAUUUCAGGUGGGUGACAAGGUGCUGGCGGUUCGUAGGCCUAUCAUUAUUACAAGGAAAACUGGGCACAAGUUUACUCCAAAAUGGGAUGGACCUUACGUGGUACAAGAAGCAUACUCAGGAGGCGCUUACAAGCUAAUUGAUGAAAAUGGUGUGCGAGUUGGCCCCAUUAACGGGAAAUUCUUAAAGGUCUAUCACCCUUAA